UCUCUCUCUCUCUCUCAUAAGAGCAGCACAUGUACAAACGCUCGCGCACACACCCGCCAACCACGCGCUCACGGAGACGCACACUCAGACAGGACAGACAGACGCACAGAGCAGCCGCCCCUGCCAGUUCCAGAAACACAGCCAGAGCCAGCUAGAAGACACAGCCCCUGGAAGAAGCAGACCAGCAUGGAUGCACUAAAGAAGGGAUUCUCCAUGGCCAAGGAGGGCGUUGUGGCGGCAGCGGAGAAGACCAAGGCCGGGGUAGAGGAGGCAGCAGCCAAAACCAAGGAGGGGGUCAUGUAUGUGGGCACCAAGACAAAAGAUGGGAUGGUAGCCGGUGUGAACACGGUGGCCCAGAGAACGACUGAACAGGCCAAUAUUGUCAGCGAGGCCACAGUCACAGGGGCCAACGAGCUGUCUCAGCAAACAGUAGAAGGAAUGGAGAAUGUGGCGGUGAGCACCGGAUUGGUGAAUCAGGAAAAGGGGCAGGAAGAAGCAGCAGCUCUGGAGGCGGAGCCUGAGGGUGACUUCUCUCAGGGAGCUGAGCAGGCCGGACAGUAGGAGUCCUGAGCUCAGAGAUAGCAGUGGCCUCCCUCGUCCUCUUUUUGGAAGAAACCCUGUGUUAGCUGCUGCUUGUCCUGCAUCUCCCAUCACCAACUCUGGAUCGUGGGAAACACUACUGCCCCCCCCCCCCCCGUCUCCCUCUAAUGGUUUCUUUGUGUGACUCUAUAAAAUCUAACCAAAACACCCUUCCUGUAUAGUACAUAUUUCUGUCCUCAUUACUUUACAGUCCACAUACCUCAUCCCUAACGUUACCCAACUCACCACUGUCCCCGUCUCUACCCCAUUCUCUGUGCUCACCACACCCUAAAUAAAACAUACAGUACAAACACACACACACACACACCCCAUCAUUGAGGAGUACUUACAGAACAAUAAUUUGCUUCCUCACCUGGAGGUUUUGGCAAUGUGAGACUUACUGAUAGUGCAACACACUGUCAGCUGAUGUAACACCUUAUAGUGUAGAUGUAUCAGUGUAUGCUUUGGUCAUGUUAAUUAAUGAAUGUUUCAAGUCUGUAUGUAGUUGACCCCUUGUGUGUUAAUGCCUGACGUCCCCUUCCCUUUAUUAUGCCAGAUCAGGGUUCAGAGUCAGGAUGAAGGUGGAAGUAUGGGUUAACAUCACUGCUCCAUAGUGUCCUUCAUAUUGUUUGUUUACUCUCCAUAAUCACAUAAACCAUCACAUAACCGUGGCUCACGCCUGAUGUGGGUCUGCAGUACUGACAGGGUGCCAUGGGAACCAGGAACCUUGUCAACUGACACAGUAUACUCUGUCAAUCCACCCAUACUGGCACUGCUGAAAACAGAAGGAAACAAGAGCUAUAGAAGAGUUUAGAACACAAGUUUGCAAUGGCUUUUGUCUUUGUGUUUGACUGGAUAUAAUGAAAGGCAAUAAAUAGGAUCUGCAGAGAUGUUUUUAUCUGCUUCAGGUUCAUGUCAAAGAUGAAUGGCCCCACUUCCAGGUGUAAUCUGUACGCCUACCUCAGAAGUGGAUGCAUAUAGACAGUUGAAACACCUUGACUUCCAGUACUUUUGUUUAUCCAGGUUUAAUAAAACUUGCCCCCCAUGCUUUCACUCUGUUCCUUCAUACAAGCUCUCGCCCCGUAUAAUGUCUGACUAUAACAGGUCUUUUAAACCACCACAGUGUUUGUCCUUUGAAGCCAUCUGAUAUAAAACUGCAUGUUGCCUUACUAACAUCCAGACACAUAAUCUGACAUUCCUUGGGGAAAAAUAAAACCUCACACAAGUAAAAAUUCUAGUAUCAUACACAUUUAUCGAAGAAUUAGAAGCUACACACUAACAUUCAUUAACACUGAAACACAAAUAUAUGUUGGCAUCAAAGCAGACUGCUUCUUUUAUAAACAGUACAACUGAACUGAAAUAAAUACAUUUUUGUUUAAAUCCAAAA